AAAUUCCGGAACUUUCCCCCCAGCUUUGCUGGCCCCGCCCUGCGCCAGCCUGUGCCUGCAGGGGGCGCUGUUGGCCCUCCACUGCAGCCAAUCACCGUCCUGCUCCCGCUUCUGCCGCGCCCUGAUUGGCUGCCUCGCCCGCCAAGGCCCCGCCCACCCGCAGAGCCCGCUGCUGACGUCACUGCAGGACCCCGCCCGGUCCCGCCUCCUGGAGGCGGCCAUGACGGUCCUGGACCCCCCGGGGCUGCGCCAGCUCUUCCGGGGUCACCUGCGGGGUCACCUGAGGGGCGUGGCCUCGCACCGAGUGGCCAAUCACGGCCUGCAGAGGCUCCUGGACCACGCCCCCGAGGACGUGGUGGAGGAGGUGCUGUCGGAGCUUGGCCCCGCCCUCCAGGAGCCGCUGGCCCGGGGCCACCCCGGGGUGGUCGUGGCGCUGUUGGGGGCGGCCCAGAGACACCCCCGGCUCCAGGGGGCGGCGCUGCGCUGGCUCUUCCAGGUGGGACACGCCCCCUUCGCUAGGCCACGCCCCCUUCCCGCCGAUAAACCACGGCUGCUUCGCGUGAAGCCACGCCCACUUCUGCUUUAACCAACCCCCUCUAAGCCACGCCCCCUUUACAUUA